AUGUCCGCCCCGACUCUUGAUGUGGAGUCUCCCCUGGCGGCCUCUACUUCUUCUCUUCGAGCUAUGAACAUGGUAUCUUCGCACACCACCGUCGCCAAGGACGAGAUCUACGACCUCCUAGGUAUCGGCUUCGGCCCGGCCCAUCUCGCCCUCUCGAUUUCCCUUCGAGAAUCGAGCGAGGCCAACGAGACCAACUUCAAGGCCCACUUUCUCGAGAAACGUGGCCACUUUGCAUGGCACCCUGCCCUCCUUUUGCCCGGCUCGCAGCUCCAGGUUUCGCCUCUCAAGGACCUUGUCACUCUCCGCGAUCCAGCUUCCACGUACAGUUUCUACAAUUAUCUCCACUCGCACGGCCGUCUGGCACGCUACAUCAACAAGGAGCAGGGUGUGCCCAGCCGUCGCGAAUGGACCUCCUACCUUGCUUGGGCCGCUCGACGCAUGAACCAAGCCGUCUCGUAUGGCCAGGACGUCAUCUCCAUCGAGCCCCUCGCUCUCGCCUCGGCUUCCCCGGACGCAAAGCAGGACACUGUCGCUGUGCGUCCCGCCAGCGCCCAAGAAGCCGACUCUCUGUGCCUGUACCAAGUUCGCAUCCGCGACGAAUCGACCGGUCACAUUGUCAACCGAUACGCCCGCAACCUCUCGGUCGCCGUGGGUGGAGUUCCCAAACUGCCUCCCGCGUUCCAGGCUGCCUGGGAUGAGCAGCAGCGCGCUCCUCACUCGAUCCCGCGCCUCGUCCAUUCUGGCUUCUACAUUCCAUCCAUGCUCAAGCUCGAGCCCGAACUGCACAAGGCUGCCUCGCUGCGUCAUCCCGAUGCAGCUGCACAGCUAGAUGACUCUUCUCGACUGCGCCUCGCGGUUAUCGGUGCGGGACAGUCGUCGACCGAGAUGUUCAUGAACCUCCACUCUCGCUUCCCCUCGGCGAUUGUCACCAUGAUCUUCCGCGCUUCAGCCCUGGUGCCCUCGGACGACACGGGCUUUGUCAACUCGGCGGCGUUCGAUCCGGAACGUACCGACGAGUUUUGGCAGGCCAGCGAAACGCAACGUCGCAAGUGGCUGCAAGAGUUUAAGCGCACCAACUACUCGGUGGUUCGAACCGACUUGCUCAACGAACUGCACGAUGCCAUGUACGACAAGUACGAAGUGCAGCUGCCCGAGGAGCUCCAGGACCCUACUGAGAAGCAAGCUGGUCGAAUGGAGAUGCGACGUUGCACCGAGGUCGUCGAGGUUACGCCGCUUGACGAUGGUAUCCAGUUGACGAUGCGCGACAAUCUGCGCAACGCAAAGCUCGAGACAAUUCGCUUUGACGCCGUCUUCCUCGGCACCGGUUUCAUCAGGAGUCCUUCCAAGAUGCGGUUCCUGGAGCAGUUGAAGCCAUUCUACCCUGCGCUGGACGCGGAAUGGAUGUCACGCGACACGAUUGCCGAGGAAGACGAGGUGUCCAAGUCGAUCGAUGUCGAAGAUGAAGAAGUGAUCGAACGUCGACGCGAGAUGCUGCGCGGUAUCACGAGGGACUAUCGUCUGGUUCCCGCUAGCGCUAUGCAAUCCGAUGCAGUUCGUAGUGGCAAAUCUUCGCCGGGAUCAGGAAGCGAUGCUUCGUCGACUUCUUCCCAGCAAACGCUGGCUAGCGAAAAUUCGACCGAGAACCUACCCGAAGCCUCGCUCUACGUGUUGGGCGGCAACGAGGCAACGCACGGCUUGUCGGACAGUCUGUUGAGCAUCGUUGCGCACCGAGCUGGUGAGUUGACAACGAGCCUCUUGCAGAGGUUGCCCAGGACGAGGAGAGGAACCGCAUCAAGUGCAGCAACGCAACCAGCAGCCUCCACCGUCGCUUCCGCCGCAAAGACUUCGCCCACAGUCAGCGUCACACAGACAAAAGCUCGUCAGGCAGCUCAAGUAGUCAAUGACAAAUUGGCCGCUUUGAGCGGGCUUCAUCUCGACGCCACUUCUUAA